AUGACGAAACGAACCCGCAAGGUCGGCGUGACUGGAAAGUACGGUACUCGUUACGGUGCCUCUCUGCGUAAGCAGAUCAAAAAGAUGGAAAUUACCCAGCACGCGCGGUACACCUGCACCUUCUGCGGCAAGGACUCCGUGAAGCGUCAAGCGGUGGGCAUCUGGCGGUGUGGGUCGUGCAAGAAGGUGAUUGCGGGUGGUGCAUGGACCGUAUCAACAACAGCGGCUGCCACUGUCCGCAGUACCGUUCGUCGGUUGCGCGAGCUGACGGAGGCAUAG